AUGCGUUGUUCCUGUAGGACAGCUUUGGCUCGUUGGCGAGCGGUGUAUGUGGACAAAGUGCAAGAACAAAAACGUCGCCCGUUUCAAGUGACCGAGUGCACUAGUUUGAAAGAUGCGAUGUACUAUCGACGACAAAUCAUUCAUGAUAUAUCCCGAAAAAUAGCUCAAAUACAGAAUCCUAGUCUCGGGGAAUACAAACUGCGAGAUUUGAACGAUGAUAUUAAUAAACUGGUUCGCGAAAAAGCACAUUGGGAAGAUCACAUAAAAAAUUUAGGUGGCCCAGAUUUUAAGGCCGAAGCCCCAAAAAUGCUCGAAAAAGUGGGUAAGGAAGUUCCGGGAAACAAAGGUUAUCGGUAUUACGGUGCUGCCAGAGAUCUUCCCGGAGUUCGUGAGUUGUUCGAAGAGGAACCGCAACCGGUGGCUAAAAAGUCUCGAGGCGAACUGAUGAAAAUGAUCGAUGUGUCCUAUUACGGAAAUUGCGAUGAAGAUGACGGAGUGAUCGUUCCACAAGAGGCAAAAUAUGAACAGGAAUAUAUCGCUCGGAAAGUGGCUGAAUGGAAAGCACGGCGUGAGGAUCCUAAUCAGAAGAGCCCAGCUGCUCGAAGAGCUCUAGCCACUGAGGAUGUGGAUGUAGACGAAUUGGAUGAGGACACGGCCGACUCAAAGAAUAUCUAUGCAGCCGGGGAUAAUCCUGCUGAUGACGAAAUCAUGCGACUGUACGAGGCGAUUGAUAUAGACGAGCGUACAACAUCAGAUAAUUUACCCACCGCUGCCCAACUGACCGCGUUGGGUGCGCAGAGUCAAGAUGAGGAAGAAGAGGACGAGUACAUCGCAAUGCUGAAUAGCCGAGUUUCUGGAAAAACAAUGAGCUCUCUGGGAAGCAUCAAACGGACUUUUGUUGCGCACGUGCCUGUCUACACCCAGCAGCAGGUUGAGGCGUCCUUGCUUGCACAGAAGAAGCGUGAGAUCUUGGAAAAAUACAUGUCUGAGGAAUUGAUCGCCAGCAUGACGCAGACCGGGGAAAUUCUCGGAAUGGAGGAUGGUAAUUCCACGGAUCUAUCGACAUCUACACUAGCCGCACAAAUCGUCGAAGGCGAAGCAGAAGUGGAAGACGAAGAGGAAGAAAAUCAUUAG